UGCGACCAAGCGCGGGUGGGAAGCUGCAGCGCGAAUAACCAAGGUGCCACAGGUGCGACACGCCCGAGCAUGGGGCUCCCAGCAAGCGGCCGCAGUGACAAGUAUUUUUGGCCUGCAAAUGAUGCCCUUGCAGCGUAUCGUCCGAUCCGUCUCUCUGCUAGCUGCACAUCGCCGCACCCCGCAGUGUCCACAAACAAAAAAGCACCGUCGUCAUAGCAGCUGCCGCCAUGAGAUGAGGUACAACAGCCUUUCGAGAGUGUCAGCAGCCCGGAAUUGUCCUUGAGUCAGGACAUGGCCACGCAGCAAGAUGAAGGCGGUGUGCCCUUCUCCAUUGCACACCAGCAGCAGCACUUCCGCCUGCUCGAGCUGCCACCCGAGAUUGUUGAGCUGAUAGACGCGCCCAAUCCGCCGCUGCUCUCCAUCAAAUCCCAAGUCCAGUCUACCGCGUCUGGCACGUCCAACGCGAAGCCUGCAUAUGCAGUACUUUGUACGCCGAACAAGACCUUCCAGCUGCGCCAGGUCCAGACGUCCAACUCGCUCUACAUAGCCCAGCCCGCGCUCGAAGCCCAUGGCAACGAGAUACCCACCCCUGCCACGCGCGCCAUUGCGCUGUGUACCGCGACGCUUGAAGCCCAUGCAUCUACCGCGUCUGCCAUCGCCUUGUUGAGAGAGACACUGCCGGUAUACGACAUUGUCGCAGGGGACGUCGACGCGACCAGCAAUGGCAGGAGCAAGGCGAGCAUGUUCGGCGAUAUGCCCUUGUCGGAUGGGGAAUGCCAGGUGGGAUGGGAUGAGCUGAUGGCGUUCGAGGUGGAUGGAGCAUCAUACCAACCUUCGCCCAAUGCCCUCUCACAAGUCUGGAGGUCCAUCAAUGCCGCUGCACUAGCCGAGGGUAUCAAACUACAAGCGCAGUUCUUGACCAACGAUAUCACUAAAGCUGCUGCUGAGGAAGGACUUCCGUCAGGCCUUGUAGAGGCCAUACUCGCAUACCUAUCCACAGCAGACAACGACAAGAACGGACCAUGGUCGUGUCUGGAUCGGGAAAAGACUGUCGCAUUUACUGGCAAGACGCUGCUAGAAGCCAAACGCGGCGCAGACUUCCUCAUCGCCGACUUCACCGACACGUGGGAGGACCGCCUGCCCGAAGUAUGGCGCAAAGACGCGCAACUCAGUGCCAUCGAAGGCAUUUACGACUUCCCAUCCGAUACAACGAUAAGGGCGAAGAGCAAAGCCUCCACGACUUCAAGUGGAGACAGCUCAGUGGCAGCCAUGAAGCCGUCAGCGCGCAAGUGGCACGAGAAGUUUGCCAAAACGAGAAAGAAGUGAGCAGCGUCGCGGUGAUGACGGCGCAGGCACGUGAUCGGGCGCGUUAUCAACGCGUCUUACCGGGAUCGGGAAGUGCAACUGCCGGCCGCUUGCUAAUGCAAAUUUCACAAGCCGCCAGUGGCUAGAUGGGUAAUCGCUCCCCAAGGCUGUGCCAUACGCAAAACAUAGACACCCCGAACUAUAUCUUCACAUCGUCUUCGAGUGACAUUGUCUGUUUUCUUUCUCAGCGUAUGCAGCGUGUUCGAUCUUUCGCA